AUGGUAGAGUUUGCCAUUAACAACUCGGUGCAUGCGUCCAAGACACAUACCCCGUUUUACGUGAAUGGCUUGCGCCAUCCGCGUGUACCCACCCUACUCGAAUGUAACUCUGGUUUGAGGGGGGGGGAGACUCGCGCGAGCAAAAACCAAUUUGGUUCACGCUCAUCACGCUCUGACGAAGAGGUCAUUGCGUUUGAUGCCGAUAUCGAUAACAUCGAUAUCGAAGAAUAUGAUGCCAGUGAGAGUGCGGAAGCCCUCACUGAAGAAGAUGAUGCCAGUGAGAGUGCGGAAGCCCUCACUGAAGAAGAUGAUGCCAGUGAGAGUGCGGAAGCCCUCACUGAAGAAAAGAUGAGUUCAUACUGGCUCGUGAAACGGUAG